AUGAGGAAAGAGGCUUGCAGGUGCUCGUCCCUCACCCCUGGUAGGGACAGUGCUCGCUUUUUCCUGUUGGGCAUACUUAUUGCCCUCUACAUGCUGGCUGGAGCAGCCAUCUUCUCUUUUUUGGAGAGACCAUUUGAGCUUCAAGCCCAUCGUCUUUGGACUAGCAGGCUUAAAACCUUCAGUGAAGAGCAUAACAUUAGCCAUGCGGAGAUUAAGUCCAUUUUAUACCACUAUGAAGAGGCCAGGACAGCCGGAAUCAGAGCACAGCAGGGAAGGGCCCUAUGGGACUUCCCAGGGGCUUUCUAUUUUGUGGGAACAGUCGUCUCCACCAUUGGCUUUGGAGUGUCGGCCCCAUCCACUGUUACAGGAAAGAUUCUACUUGUUUUCUAUGGUCUUCUGGGCUGUUCCGCAACAAUCCUUUUCUUCAACCUUUUUUUGGAGCGAGUCAUCACAUUUUUAAGUGUGUCUCUCAUGUGGUGUUGUAGAGGGAAAUCCCACCACAGCAGCCUGCAAGAUAGAAAUCAUGAAGAUGAUGAAAAUAACUGGAAACCGUCAAUACUUCAAGUGACCCUUGUACUACUUGUUGCUGUUCUACUGGUUGCUUGCUGUGCAGCUUUAGUCUAUUCUGUCAUGGAGGGUUGGAGCUACAUGGAGAGCUUGUACUUUUGUUUUGUAGCUUUCAGCACAGUGGGCUUUGGAGACUUUGUGAGCGGUCAACGGGAGCAGCACGAGGAGACUCGGGGGUACCAGGUGGCCAACUGUUUACUGAUGCUACUGGGAGUGUGCUGCACCUACUCCUUGUUUAAUGCCAUAUCUGUCAUCAUCAGACAGGGACUGGACUGGCUAUUGAAAUGUCUCGAUGUCAUGUACCAUUGGAUCCAGCAUGCCAACACUUCAUGGGUCAUGGUACAGAAAACCAUGGGCUUUAGAGUUUCCAAGGGAUAUUAG